AUGUGGAUGUCAAAAUCUUGGAUCCGAGCGUCGUCGUUCUCCAGCAGCACCAAAUUUGCUCGACUUACCUCAGGUAGUACUUAUUCCAUAGGUCGUGGUGCUGUUGCCAAUAGUAAACAAAGGCACCCCGAUCUCAAACGAUUAUCUAGCAGCUUGGUCACUGCUGCCAAUGAUACUACUGUCACGAUUACAGACAAGCAAGGGAACACACCACUCAAGCGCCAGCAGCCUUCGGCGUCGUCAGUUCGAUGCAUGUCCUCUUCCGAAAUGGUCGACGAACCACGAGAAUCCAUGGCUUUUGAUGUCUUGAUUGUCGGUGGAGGACCGUCGGGAUUGUCGGCCAGCAUUCGUCUCAAACAAUUGAAUCCUGAAUUGAGCGUGUGCGUGAUUGACAAGGGAUCCGAAAUUGGAGCACACAUUUUGUCGGGCAAUGUAUUUGAUCCCAAGGCUCUGCACGAACUCUUGCCCGAUCUAAAGGACAAUUGGACUGAGGAAUUCCAAAGCAGUCAAGGAGCCAAUGCGACGGCCGUCAAAAAAGAUGAAUUCAAAGUAUUGACAGAGACUGGUUCCUAUACCAUUCCCAACAUCUUACUUCCAGGUCAACUUCACAACGACGGAAAUUACAUCUUGUCACUCAGUCAAUUGUGUCGAUGGCUGGCCACCCAAGCCGAAGAAUUGGGCGUCGAAGUCUAUCCCGGGUUUGCCGCCAGCGAAGUACUUUUGGAGGCGGGAGGCGUCAAGGGGAUUGCGACCCGAGAUGUCGGAUUGGCCAAGGAUGGCACCCCCAAGGAAACCUUUGAACGGGGAAUGGAACUCCAUGCCAAACAAACCUUGUUUGCGGAAGGAGCUCGAGGCAGUUGCUCGGAAUUUCUCAUGGAUCAUUUUGAUUUGCGUCAGGACGGCAUCAUGCCACAGACCUUUGGAUUAGGAAUCAAGGAGGUUUGGGAAGUUCCAGAAGAGAAUUUGCAGCCAGGAUUGGUCCAACACACAUUGGGUUGGCCACUCCAGUCAUCACCGACCAGUGAUGUCUUUGGUGGAUCUUUUCUGUAUCACCUGGAACCCAACAUGGUGCUGGUCGGACUUGUCGUCGGUUUGGAUUAUGCCAAUCCUUAUUUGAAUCCCUAUCAAGAAUUUCAACGGUGGAAGACCCACCCGUCCAUUGCACCGCAUUUGGAAGGAGGAACUUGCAUUUCCUAUGGAGCACGGGUCUUGAACGAAGGAGGCUUUCAUGCCAUUCCAAAGUUGACCUUUCCAGGUGGUGCUCUCAUUGGAUGCAGUGCCGGCUUCUUGAAUGCCGUCAAAAUCAAGGGAACGCACACUGCCAUCAAAUCGGGCAUGCUCGCUGCCGAGGCCAUUGUGGAAGAAAUGGGAGAUGGCGACUCGAUUGCCGAAACGGGCGAAUUGCCCGAAGAUCACAUUCCUCAAGAAGUCGCUUCCUAUGCCAGCAAGAUUGAAUCCAGUUGGGUCCAUGACGAAUUGUAUGAAGUACGCAACUGCCAUCAAGCCUUUGCCAAGUGGGGCAUCGGUGCUGGUUUGGCUUAUACAGGUUUGGCGGCUCACCUGCUCAAGGGCAAGGAACCUUGGACCUUGGACCAUACCACUCCUGAUAGCAAGACAACCAAGGAGGCGAAGGACUUUGAACCCAUUGAUUAUCCUUCCCCCGAUGGAAAAUUGACUUUUGAUCUAUUGACUAAUCUUCAACGAAGUGGAACCUACCAUGCUGAAGAUCAACCCGCCCAUUUGCGCAUCAAGCCGGAGCUUGCCGAAUUUGCCGAAUCGAUAUCCAUCAAGGACUUUUCGGGGCCGGAACAGCGCUUUUGCCCCGCCGCGGUUUACGAAUACGUCGAGGAUGCCGAGGAACAGAAAAAGAAAUUGGUAAUAAAUGCCCAGAAUUGCGUCCAUUGCAAGUGUUGCAGCAUUAAGAUGCCAGGAGAAUACAUUGAUUGGACGGUACCGGAAGGCGGUGGUGGCCCACAAUAUCAAGUCAUGUAA